AAGCAAAACAAACAAACAAACAAAAAAAACACCGAGUGAGCCCCCCCCUCUUGUGAUAGACGAUCUUUGCGAACCUCCAGCAGCCGUACGCUCGCUGUUGACAUACGGGAUCCCGGGCAGUCCGCUGUCAUUCUCUGAGCCGUCCGGCGUGUUUAACGAUGACGGGCUUCAAUCUAACGUCUUAGUCCCGAGAAACCUCCAAGCAGGAAGCGCCAGAACGGGAGCAGGCCCGUUAUCGGUCGCCUGUAGAUGUUUACUCGCUCGUCAACGGCAGCCUGACCGCGCGGCAUCACUCCCCGCAGUCGUAGUAACCAACUGACAGGUAUGUCUUCGUCCGCCGCACGGGAGACCGUCGUGAAAAAGAAGCACGUUCGGUUUGCCAGCAUGGAGGACAACGACGACAACGACGACCAAGAGGAGGACACCCUGUUUGACAAGAGGAAGGACACCGGGCGAGGGUUGAAGAGUGCGCUGAAGGCGGUCAAGAGGACGACGAAAGCGGGAUGCGACGACCGGGUGGAGGUGGUCGGCGGAGGAAGGGGCGAAUAUGGGACGUGCGGCCGCUGGAUCGUCACCCUGGCGCUCUGUGGCUCCUUCCUGGGAUUGGGGAUGAGUAUCUCAGUUCUCGGUCCCACUUUCGAGGACCUGGCCGUGAAUGUGAAGAAGAACAUCAGCAACAUCUCCUACAUCUUCGUCGGCCGCUCUGCGGGAUACAUCGGGGGAUCCCUCGUAGGAGGCAUUCUCUUCGACUGCAUGAACCCCCACCUCCUGCUAGGUUUUUCUAUGCUGGUCACGGCGUUUGGAAUGUGUGCUAUCCCUUUCUGUAAGCAGGCUCUGUUCCUCACCGGGCUCAUGUCCAGCAUUGGGAUGUCUAUGGGUGUUCUGGAUACAGGUGGUAACGUGCUCAUAUUGAACACAUGGGGCGAGCAGGCAGGCCCUCACAUGCAGGCUCUGCAUUUCAGCUUUGCAGCUGGGGCCUUCGUGUCUCCAAUCAUAGCCAAGCUGCUGUUUGGGCCAGACGGGAAAAGCAGCAUGGGAACCAUACCAAGCGACUCCACACCUCCUGCCACCACAGAACCGGUCACCAAAGCCCCUGAAGCUUAUACAAUUAUCCGCUACGUCCACAGCAGGAGCAGCACCCUCAAAUCCAUGUGGGCCUACAUCGUGAUUGGCUCUUUUGUCUUUCUCACCUCCUUCCUCUUCUUCGUCCUCUACACUCGCAGCAGCAUGUCACGUGACAGAGCGCGCACGUUGUCGGGAAAGCCCCUGGUGGCCAAACAUCACGUGGCUCUCGUCGCCCUGCUCUUCUUCUUCUUCUUUGCCUACGUAGGUGCUGAGGUGGCGUACGGCUCCUUCAUCUUCACCUUCGCCAAGGACUAUGCACACAUGCAUCAGUCCCAGGCAGCCGGGCUGAACUCUUUGUUCUGGGCAACGUUUGCUGCCUGUCGGGGGUUGGCCAUCUUCUUUGCAGCCUGCGUGUACCCAGGCACCCUGAUCCUGCUCAGCCUGGUGGGCUCCACUGUCUCCUCUCUGCUUCUCUGCCUGUUCAGCAGGGAGAAGGCGGCAUUGUGGGUUUGCACGGGUCUCUAUGGAGCCUCCAUGGCCACCACCUUCCCCAGUGGCAUCUCCUGGGUGGAGCAGUACACCACAGUGACGGGCCAUACAGCAGCAGUCUUUGUGGUGGGUGCAGCACUGGGUGAGAUGGUUCUGCCUGCUCUUUUGGGCUUUCUGCUGGGGGAGUUCCAGGAUCAGCCUCUUCUGAUGUACCUGUCGCUCAUCACCGCUACCUUCACCUCCAUCCUGUUCCCGGUCAUGUACAAGCUGGCCUCUGCCCCCAGCAGCCAGAGCAGGAAGCCCCGCACCAGGGGCCGACCUGAAGCCGACGACAGCGAAUUCCGUCAAGCACUGCUGGACUCGGGAGCCAACGACGAAGAGGAGGAGGAGCCGGACAAUGAGGCUGAUCAGUGGAACGACGCAGACUUUGAGGUCAUUGAGAUGGAUGACACGGCCAGUCUCGUUAAUUCACCUAGUAAGGCCUCCUCAUCCCCUGAGGUCACCGGUCUAACAGGGAGCUCCGCUGCCUCCAACACCCAGGUGGCCGAGCCUGCAGGCGGAGCCUCGUUCUCAGACAUCCUCUCUCUGGUAGGAGACUCCCCCAGACGCAAACUGCUGCUCUCUCUUGAAAGAGAGAAGAAAGACUGAACUCUCCUCCUCCUGCGACUCCCAAGUGCAGUUGAUCUCUCACUUAACUGUCUGUUCUCACUUGUUGUUCAGAACCUGCAAGUUUUUACGUACGGUUCUGAUCAUUUACAGUGCAGUGAAUGCAACACUGGCGACUGUCUGAAUGGUGCAGCUCAGAAGAACAUGCACUAUGUGGACACAAAAGUUUGCACAAAGAUUCGUCAGCGUCUUCUCGAGCUUUUGGACUCCUGCUGGAUGAUGAAGGAUAAGAUUUUGAACGCCACUGCUGCACCAUAGAUUUGUGUAAAUGUCAAGGAUUCUGUGUUGGCCCCUUCCACAGUGAGGUCAAAGGUCAGGGUAGGCUGUAGAACAGAAGCCCUAGGGCUGGUUGGAAUUCAGUGCCUUGCUCAGGCACGCAUGAGCAGAGCGAAUGAGUUGAACCAGGGACGUGCGCCCUCUUCAUCAUCAUGCCAUCCUUCUGCCAAAAACUGGAAAAUGUCAUUUAAUUUUGCACUAUUGCAGUGAAUGUGUGAUGAUGAGUUGUUUGUUUAAGAUUUGAAUGAAGUGUUUGUGUUGCACUUUUGUAAAGAUCAGAUCUUUUGGUUUCGAGUGUUUUUUUUGUACUGUAUUGUGUGACGUGGCUUGUGGUUCUCUAAAUCACCUGUUAUUGUGAUUUUUGAAGUUUUUAAAAAACUGAAAGAUGUUUAAAUACAUUGACUUUUUAUUAUAUCAAUCUCAAACCUCCACCCACAGCAAUG